GUUAUUCAAACUUUUUACCAACGACUGGCAGUUCCGUGUUUGCUUAGUAGUCGCUCGUGUAGAACUGCGCCCCUUGUAAUUCUCGCUUUCGUUUAGCCAAUCAUAUUACUCGAUCAGCCCACACCCAUAACACUCCCCCAUAUUGAUCAGAAUUCGACAAAACGACAAGAGCAAGCCGGGACGUGAAAUAUACUGCAUAAUCGAAGCUGAAUCGGUAACGAAUUGUUUUCGAAGUUAAGUCUUCCAGGCAUGUUUCUACGAUCUGUUGCCAGGAGAUUUUCUGCCCAGAGAGGCUUAUCUCUGCUGCUUGGGCGAGUGGCUGUCCGAUGUGCGUCAGGAAUUUAUCCCAAUCCCACGGCUUCUGUAGAAAAUGACGAGAUGUCGGUGGGUAUUGUUUACGUCGUAGUUUGUUUGUAUGAAAGCUUUUUCAAUGGCUUGUUAGGAAUUUCAGCGGACUUUUUCUGCUUUAAUUGAGACACUUUUUUAUGCUAAAUAGUGAGAGAUUUUAUGUGUUUUAAAAAAUCGGAGGAGAACAAAUGCAAACUCCUAGAGUGCUAAUGUGUUGGUAAAAGAUUCUGGAACCAGUCGACCAGUUUUGUUGACGUAUUAUCAUUGUCCUCAGGAUCAUCAAAACUGUUAACAUUGCUGGGUAGGGAGCCCAAAAGUUUAAAGCAUCGCUAAUUGUAAGGCCUUAAGUAUGUCUGGAGGAACCUCUACAGCCAUCCACUUUGUAACAUCGAGCAAAUUUAUACGAAAGAUCCGACAAUGAUUGUGGAGUUCAUAAAAACAGACACAACUGCCUUGGAUUGGUCUACAGCUAUCGAUUUUCACAAUCAUGAGCGUUUUUGCGGCUGCAAAUAAGAGUAGUUCUUUCGUUUCAAAGUGCGAGGAAAUCGUUAGAGAAAUUGUUCCGGAGUAAAGUACGAGAAAUCCAAUGCAAACCUGGAAGGAAACGGUAAUUGAAAAGACGAAAAACAAACAUACCAUUCAAGAGAUUUGAAGGCUCUAGCUGUUAAAGCUGCUGACUUAUUUUCCGUCCUCCGCCGAGGUAAAUAACGAGCAAAAUUUAACUUCGAUCGCAUGCAAGUUUGGAAAUCGAAAGCCCACGUAAACCAUUUCCUUUCGCCGGAGCUACAGCAGGUUUGCGUGACAAUUGAAUUAUUUUGAUCGGGUUGAACGCUUCGAGUCUUCUCUCGUGGCGCGUAGGAAUACGUUUCAUUUGAAUCUCGUUAGGUGAAAUUUUAAAGACGACUUAAAAACAACGUCGACUGGAAAUGAUUAAAGAUUUCGUUUCGGGCCAUCUGUUGGCCAAAACAGCUCCCUGUUUUGGACACAACGUAUUAACAUAAUUGUGAUAAAUUGAUCUAACAGAAGUAUUUUGUUUUAGACGUAACGUCGUGUAAUGGCCGGUUUUGUGCCAUGAAAGGCAAGAAUCCUGUGAUUUUCGAGCUGGAAGAACGACCGACAAUUCGAACAUUAAUGUAAUACCAGUGUAUUUAUUAUCCCUUUUCCCGGAAGCUACACCAAAAAAGCGAAAGUGAAUCCUUUCCCAGAAUGACCAAUCGCUGGGUGACGAACUUAUUGAAAUUAUUUCAUGAUUAAGCUCAUUUCUGCCAUAAUUGCGUGAUUUUUUGGUUUGGUUUGUGUGACCAUCUGGCGUUCACAAGAACUGUCAUGACUGACGCAGCAUGUUGCGUAAAAAAAAGAAAACAAGAGCACAAUAUAAGUGAACUGUUAGCUAGUCAACGUAAAGAUUAACAAACCACUUAUACUUGUCAUUCAUUAUUCCAAAUCACCUGCUUGAGUCGCUGCGAUCAUGCGAGCCAACUAGCGCGCUUAAGAAUACCUAUUUGUUGACGUCAUUAAUAACCACUGCCAAAUCACGCCCCGACCAGGAAGAGAUUGCUUUGAAUGUGUUAUUCUAUAGGGGGAAUAUUUUUUAUAAGAGCUUUUUCAAAAAUUCACCGUGACCUCCUGAAGUCAAGUUUCAGACAAUUUACUGCAGACCUCGGAAAUCCUUGUACAACGGUAGAUAUGAAAUAUUUUGAUGAUAAACUAUUCGAACCGCUCUUACCGUGCGCAAUUUUGGACUGCGGUGAGAUAGUGUUGAUAUCCUUGGAAUUAACCUCUGAAGAAUCGAACACACAUCAGUAACGAAGAACUUUAUAACCAGGUCUUGUCUUUUGGCACAACAAAAUUCUUUCUUUCCUUUUCGUAGGAUGGAAACAUGAAGUUCAAAUGUGUUGAUGACUUUAUGAACCAUGUUGUUAAGAGAAACCCUGGGGAGCACGAAUUUCAUCAAGCCGUACAUGAAGUGAUAGGCUCUCUUUGGGAUUAUCUUCACUUACACCCAGUUUACCUUGACAGUAACAUAUUGGAGCGUAUUGUGGAGCCAGAAAGGGUCGUUAUCUUUCGGGUCCCAUGGAGAGAUGACAGCGGAGAGGUCCACGUCAACAGGGGCUUUCGUGUAGAGUUCAAUUCAGCUAUUGGCCCCUUCAAAGGUGGCCUGCGUUUUCAUCCCAGUGUCAACUUGGGAAUUCUUAAGUUUCUUGGCUUUGAGCAAGUGUUCAAGAAUAGCCUUACAACCUUACCCCUGGGAGGUGGAAAAGGGGGAUCUGAUUUUGACCCCAAGGGUAAAACCGACAAUGAAGUGAUGAGUUUCUGCCAGUCUUUCAUGUCGGAGCUCCAGAGGCACAUCGGCCCAAAUACUGAUGUCCCGGCUGGAGACAUUGGCGUGGGAGCAAGAGAAAUUGGUUACCUGUUUGGCCAGUACAAGAAAAUACGCAACGAGUUCACCGGGGUUUUGACGGGAAAGUCUUUCAGCUUCGGUGGAAGUCUUCUCCGACCUGAAGCUACAGGCUACGGUCUUGUGUACUUCACCGCGGAGAUGCUUAACACACGGGGCGAGACCUUCAGAGGAAAAAUUGUCACAGUGUCGGGAUCAGGCAACGUGGCACAGUUUGCCUCAGAGAAAGUGGUGCAGUUGGGUGGUAAGGUUGUUACCCUGUCGGACUCUGAAGGCACCAUGUACGACCACGGUGGUUUAAACCAGGAAAAGAUAGAGUACGUUAAAUGGCUCAAAAAUGUCAAACGCGGUAGAAUUAGCGAGUACGUGGAGCAGUACCCUGACGCAGAAUUCUUCGAAGGAAAACGACCGUGGUUCGUGAAGUGCGACGUAGCUUUACCUUGUGCGACGCAGAACGAAAUUAGCAAAGAAGAUGCGGAGAUGCUGAUCAACAAUGGCUGUCAUGCUGUAGCGGAAGGCGCUAACAUGCCAUCCGAACCUGAAGCGAUUGAUGAAUUCCACAAAAACAAAAUCCUCUUCGGACCAGGAAAAGCGUCCAAUGCUGGAGGCGUGGCUGUAUCGGGGCUUGAGAUGUCUCAGAACAGUCUGCGCAGCGCCUGGACGCGAGAGGGCGUGGAUGAGCGCCUCCAUGACAUCAUGGAAAGUAUACACAAAACUUGUGUCCAGUAUGGCACGUCCAAAGAUGGAAGCUACAUCGAUUACGUCAAGGGAGCAAAUAUCGGAGGCUUCAUCAAGGUUGCUCAAUCAAUGCUUGAACAAGGAAUUGUUUAGUGAAUUAUUUUAAAGUAUUGACUCGCUUAGAUUUAAGUGUGAGAAUUUCUUCUUAUAGUAGAACUAAGAAUUUCUUCUAUAAUAUCAGGUAUUGCACAUGACAUGUCGAACCCGCUUAUUAUACUCGAAAUUUCGGAUUUCUGGAAUUAAUGUUCCAGUUCGCUUAAAGCAACACAAGUCAUAAACUUUGCUUUGGUUGCAAAACCAAUUCGUUUUCGCGGCGCUGGUUUAAAAUAACUGAUAUUAGUUAGGCUGACGUUUUACUUCGUUUUUAUUGUUGGUUUCCUCUCAGUUUCAGCGUUUUUUAAAAGACA